AUGAGGAAUAUAUCAGGAGUGCUGGCAAAUGGUGAAAAUGGAGUGGUGGCCCUAGAGAUUAGGGCGGAGCUUCGGGAACUCCCAGACCCACUUAGUCUUCAGGCUCAGGAACUGCAUAAGAGAGUUGAAGAUUUAGAGGUUGAAUACCAAAGACAAGAAUCUAUCCUGGGGGAAUUUCUGCAUAAAAUUAAUAAUAGCAUCGAAAACAGAGAUACAAUUUCAGGGCCAAUUACCAUACGAGGGGAUGUCUGGGUACAUGAUGCUUUGGACACGGAGGACUUAGAAGCAAGUACCAUUCUUCUCAGACCCAUUGAUCAUCACUCCCACGAGCUGCUGGAUUACCACCAACACAGCCUCGACCACAUCACUUUUGAAGACAAAGUGAAUGAACUGGACCGGAAGACAUCGUCCAUAGUAAAAAAUUUAGAAGAUGCUGUUUUGGACGGAGACAAGAAUCGAGUUAUCAGUGGCAAGAAGACGCUGAAGAACGGGGCUUUCCACAUCGGUAAACUGAAUACCACAAAACUGAAUUUCACUGUCUCCCUGGACAGAACCGGGAGGCCUUUCCCUCUUAGCAAGACACUGACAGAUAUUGUCAGGAAAGACCGCAAGGAGGCUGUGACAGGAACGAAGGUCUUCACCAGGCCCGUGACCAUUGGUAAUUUGAAUGCCCGGAAUAUAAACGGCAUUCCAAUAGGGGACUUCGUGCGUACGACCGAGGAAAAUACGAUAGCAGGUGCAACGUAUCUGAACCCUGUCGUGGCAGAUACCCUAAUUCUCAGGGGCCAGGACGCGACUGUUGGAGACGUCAAUGUGUCUUCAAUUCCUAGCAUUAACGAAGCAGUUACCCUUGGCCACUGCGAAUUCCUGGAAGACCUGACUGUCGAGAUCGUGUCGGUGGACUCUGGCAUAGUAGAUACAGUUGAUAUAAAUCGUCUGAAUUAUAGCGCCCUCAAGACAAGUGGCGGCAGAAUAAAGGGGUCUUUGGAAUUCACACAAGACCUGAACAUCGUGAGGUUGGAUGCAAAUUCCAUAAUGGGAAUAGACACCAAGGUGUUCAUGGAAGAAACUGUCUUCAUAGACCAGCCAGCAACCGUUUCAGGGACCAUAUCAGUGCCCAUGGUGGUGGUCAAGAAGGAACUGAUAGUCACGGGAAAAAUUAAUGGCAAAAGAUUUCCCGAUGAAUAUCCCAUCUCGAACAGGAGUGAAAUACACUUUGGUAACAAGAGGUUUGGUCAUCUGGUGAUCGAUUCCGUAGAGAUGGCGAAGGGGUCAAAGGUCAAUGGCCUCUCCAUCCAUCAGAUUGUGACCUUGACCACUAGCCAGAACAUCGAGGGAGAAAAGCACUUCACUGGUGGCUUUACUAUACUGGGUGACUUGCAAGUAAACUCGAGGAUCGUGGAUGGCGUCAACCUGGACCACUUGAACGCCAGCAUCAACGACCCCAAAUUCACCAAGAACCAAGAAUUCGAAGUGAUCUUUCUCAAGAAUCUGAGAGUCCCCUCGAUAACAUUUAACGGUACCCUUAAUAAACUAGACUUCGGUGCGCUUGCUCAAGAUAUUCUACUUGACGAUGAGUUGCCCAUGAUUGUAGACUCUCCGAAAACCUUCAAAGCGGGACUAAACGUCUCGAGGGCCACAUUCGAAAGCACAUUGAAUGACGAAUCCAUUUCCAACCUGGUGACCCUUGACAAGCCGUAUGUCAUCACGGGUCAGAAGGCCUUCAAGAAUAACGUCUCCUUCAGGAGCUUGAAUGUCUCUGGCUUUGUUGAUCAUGUUAAUUUGGCACGUUUGAAAGAGGACGCGGUAUAUAUAGAUAGACCAGGACAGGUAGUUACGGGUAAAAUAACCUUUGAUGAUAUCAUUAUGGCAGAGGAACUCGAGGUGACAGGAAAGGUUAACAAUGUUGAUUUUGUAAACGUUGUAACUGUAGACGGUGCUCAGACUUUCACCGCCCCUCAGACCGUCCGCAAUUGUAAAUUUGAGCAUCUGACCUCUAAUUCCAUUACAAUGGCUAAUCCCAUCGUGGUCAAUGGAAUUGACCUGACCAGCGUCAAUGCGAGGAGGAUGAGUGUGAGUUCUCUCUUUAACCAUAGUGGAACUUUAACUGUAACAGGUCCGGUUGAGGUCCGUAACACACUCUACACAAAUACCAUCAACAAAUUAGACCUGGAAAAGGAACUGGGAAAUCUUGUAACAUCAGAGAAAACAGUUGUCAUCGAUGGGAACGUCGUGUUUAGCAAUCUAACCGUGCGUGGCCCUAUCACAACUAGAGGUGGUGAAGGCGCCAACGGCAUCAAUCUGAAGGCCCUGAGUGAAAAUGCUGUUAAACUUGAUUCUGAUGGAACCUUGUCUGGCAGCAUCAGGUGGGAGAGUAUGAUACUGCAUCAAGGCAUCACUGGACCUGGACUCUUCCACUAUUACGACCUGAAGAAGUUGAGCGAUGAUGCAGUGUAUCCGGACAUCCCAAACCAAGUCAUAACAGGAAAGAAAACUUUUGCGAAAGGUCUCCGCGUGAAGGGUAACCUAGAAGCUAAGGAGAUUAAUUGGACUCGAACUCCGAAAGACAGCGACGUCACGUUCCACGGCCCCGUCAACGUUCAACGCCGAGUGAAUGGCCUCCUGAACGGCCUGAACUUGACAGCCCGUUUGAACGACGCUGUCAGCUUGAACGACGCGAACGUCGCCGCCAUCACUGGCAAGAAGAGGUUCCUCCAGCCACCCGAAGUGAGGAACGUCAAUGUGAGGUUCCUCAACGGUUGUCGACUUCGAGAUUUCCUCAAGCGCGCCGUCAGGAUCGGUUCUCCUCUGAAACUGAACAGAACUGUCACUGUAAAUGGAAGGGUUACGACCCCUGAAAUACGGACUAAGGAUUUACUAGUUAAGGGUUCAAUAGACGCCUUCAACAUGAAGAAUCUGGAAAAAGGUGCCUUAUAUCUAAACGAAGACAGGGUCAUCGAUGCAUCCCUUGUGAUCAAAGGAAACGUUCAUUUAGAGGGCAAUCUAGACACAACUUACCUGAAUGGCUUCAAUCUCGAGACUGAUUACUUACGCAGGGACAAAGUACAAACCAUCCCCCACAACGUCACUUUCGGCAACAUAACGACCAACGACGUGCACGUUGACGGCCUGGUCAACUCGUGGAAUCUGGCGAAGGAGGCUGAAAACACACUGAUGACUACAGGCGGACAGAUCGUCACUGGUCUUAAAAGGUUCACAGGUUCUGUGAAGGUUCUUGGGUCUGUAGAAGUGACUGGUAGGGUGGGCACUGAUGUGAAAGUCAAGAUGGCAAGAGAUGCAGUGCAGCUGGACGAACCAGCAAAUAUAGAAGGAGCUUUAAUUUUCAAGAAACCGCUGACAGUGAACCGCCUGACAAACCCCACCGGUAUGGUGAAUGGUAUCAAUUACACGGAGCUCUCAGAGAUGGCGUGGCUUGUCGACAAACCUGCUGUGAUUACAGGUAGAAUGGCUUUCAAUGCAGAAGUCUCGUUUAUGGAAGGAUUAGAUUCCAUGGGCUCUGGUGGCAAAAAUAACAUGGGGAAACUCCAGAUGGAGAUGAUGGCGCUGAAUAAAGAAAUCUCUGCAAGAAUGCUGGAUCUAAACAAACAAUACAACGAUCUCUGCAACUCCGUCCUUUCUCUGAAUGCAAAACUGCAGAAUGCCAUUUAUGAAGGCGAUUAUUUUGAGGGCGUUAGCAGAGAAAUUGUCCAGUUCAAACGCCAUUCUUCCUAUGCAUUCCAGAGCAAAGGCGACACAUUCGUCAUUGUGAGCUGGGAAACUCCUAUCUGUGACUCGACUUUAUACCGAUUCAAUCCGACGACCUCACGCCUGGAGGAAUUUUUGAUAUUGGAUUCUGGUUACGCACACCAGUGGCUGUAUGUGGAGAGCAACAAAUCUAAGUUCCUCAUAAUGGCAGCUUCAACUCGAGACAACAACUGCGCCAGGAAGAGGAGCACUGUUUGGACCUGGAAUGAGAAUCUUGGAAUAAGGGUUCAUCAAGAAUUGGUCCCUGGGGAGAGGAUAUCGCUGAAAUUCUUCGGGGAGAGCAGAGUGAAGAUAUUCGUUCAUUCUAAGGAUACCACGACCACCUACAAACUUAAUCCUACCACGCAGCACUUUGAACCGUAUUUGACUUCUGAUGAGAAAGUUGACAUAGCGCUGAGUUUGCUCCUCAAGGACUCCACAAGCGUCAUGUUCAGAUCCCAUAAAGGUUACGGUAAACUGAUCAUCAACGGGAAGGGAGGACCCAAAUUCGCCCUGGCACGCGACAUCACUGACGCAGUGCUGUUCGAUCAGUUUGAUCGGGUUUUUGUGGCCCUCUCUGCUCUCACGGACGAUCUGCGAAAUCCCGUCUACGUCCUGAAGUUGCAAAUUGAAUACUUUAGAGCAGAACAAAGAGUACAAAAGGUAACAGAGAAUUUUGAGCUGGAUGUAACAAUGAAGCCAUCAAACAGUCAAUUACCACUGAUGGAUCCCAGUAGUUUUUCCCCUUCGGAAUCUAGUUAA